AUGGCAGGCAAGCAGGGGUACGGUGGCACCUUCUGCCCAGAGGGCUCUGCCAAGGCCCAGUGCUUCAGCCCUGGCAGCGUGACGAGCCUGUCUCCCUGCAGCCCGGACAGUAGCCUUUUCUCUUCGCCUGCGGCUGAAGCCCGCUGGCUGAGCUGCCCAGCGCCGCAGGCCGAGUCCCCGACCCACGAGAACCUCACGCUGGAAGAGCUGCUCACCCCCGUCACGGAGAAACUCAAGUACCUGCUGAAGAAGGCAGAAGAUUUCCAGACAUACCUGCUCUACAGCAGGGACAGGAUGCAGAAGGAGCAGUUUGCCAAGGCCGUGCCCACCUUCCUGCAGAUGUGCCAGCCCUACUUCGAAUACCUGGAGUCCACCGCCCGCAGCUACAACUCCAGCCUGGGCGGCCUGCAGGCGUCCGUGCGCAAGAGGCUGCUGGAGAUCUCAGAGCAGCUGGCGUUACGGCUGGAGCAGCUGGUGCUGAUGUACGCCUCCUUCAGCUUCGUCUCCCUGGAGGACACCGACCCCUUCAACGUCUCAUGUUUCUUCUGCGGCCGCUUCUGGCUCAGCGAGUGGCGCCAGCUCUCUGUCUUCCGCUUCUGCAUCUCCGCACCCUACACGGCCGCCCGCCUGCCCCGCAACCUCUACAAGAAGAUGCGCUGGAACCUGGACGUUCUGGAGGAAGGGGCGGGCGCCGGGGGGGGGCGGCGCCGGGGGCACCGCACCGAGUACUACUUCCUGUGCUUCCGGGACACGGGCAGGGAGAAUGCCGUCAAGAUGCAGAAGCUCUGGUCCAUCGGGCGCUGGGUGCCCCUGGACCCCGAUGCAGAGCACUCCUCCGACGUCCUGCAGUGGGUGCUGUGCCCGCAGCCCACGGGUGACUUCCAGCCACUGCUGACAAUCGGUUUCGAGGAGCCCUCACACACCCUGGCCACCGACCUGCUGGUGCAGAUCCUGAGCUCCCCGGCCUGCACGCCCCUCCCCUGCCCUGGCGCCAGCAGGGAGCCCGUACACUGGGGCAGCCCGGGGGGGCAGGGACAGUAG